AUGAAAUGUGCGCGGCGCAAGCGCUACGUCCAGACGCUGAAGGCGAUGAAAUGUGCGCGGCGCAAGCGCUACGUCCAGACGCUGAAGGCGAUGAAAUUGCACGCCGCCGGGCCGGCCGGCAGCGUGGAGUACCACGAGAUGUCGGAUAUCUCGGGCGAGGGGAACUUCGAUCCGAACUUAGGGCCGCAGCAGCGGCUGCGUGCCAACACCGGGCCCCUGCCGCGGCCCGAGGACUAUGCACAGAGCCAACACCCGCUGGACAACCUGCCCGAGACGGAGCCGGGCACCACGCCGCUGGGCGGAGACCUGGCCAAGCCGGCGGCCGCCUCUGACUCCACGGCCGUGCUGCCCAAGCCGAAAAACUCGAACCGGCGCAGCGUGUGGGGCCCGCACCGCUACGCGGGCCUGAUCACGCAGGCGAUCCUCUCGUCGCCGGAGAAGCGGCUCACGCUGGCACAAGUACAAAGGGGACAGCACCAGCUCGGCCGGUGCCGCUUCAUCAAGGUGCAGAACGAGGGCACCGGCAAGUCCUCCUGGUGGAUGAUCAGCCCGGACGCCAAGACGGGCAAAUGCACUCGCCGGCGCGCCACGCUCGAGACGUCCAAGUACGAGAAGAAGCGCGGCCGCGCCAAGGAGAAGGUGGAGCCCAUCCGCGGCGGCCUGGACCACACGCCGAGCCCGUCGUCGUCGCUGGGCGACGGCCUGGACGGCCGGUUCGCCGAGAGUCUGCUGCAUCCGACGCAGGCGGGCUUCCUUGGAGGCGACUACCGGCACCGGGCCAACUCGGCGGCCUCGUCGUGCGGCCGGCUCUCGCCGCUGGCCGCCUGGCGGUACCGGCACCGGCUCGACUCUUACCAGCAGGAGCAGCUGGCCGACUCGGUCGACGGCGGCUUCAAGUUUGAGCCGGGCGUGCCGCUGGCGUACCGCGGCAUUAACGGCUACGGCCUGUACGCCGGCGGCGGGCCGCUCUCGCCCAACGGCCAACCCGCCGGCCUGCUGCCCGGGCCCAGCGGCCGGCCCGGCCCCGACGGCGACCACUACAACGGCCUCCAGUCCGUGUCACUAGCGGCCAGCGUCAGCUCCAUGUCACCCAGCCUGACGGCGGAUCACUACGCGCAGGCGGAGGGCCUGUACCACGGCCUGCCGGCCAGCAGCGCCUACGGCGCCUCGCUCAGCUACAGCUCGCCAGUCUCCUCCUCCUACACGGCCUCGCCGUCCAUCAGGUUCAGCUCGGCGUCGCCGGUCUCGUCGGGCGGCAGCUACACCACCAGCGGCUUCGGUAACAGGGCCUUUGCCGCUCCGCCGCCGCCAGCCGGCCAACCACGCCCCUCCCAGCUCAUGUCCAACCUGAUGGGCGCGCUGCAGCAGAACCACAUGCCGGUCGACCUCGACCUGGACACGUUCCAGGGCGGCUUCGACUGCGACGUUGACAACAUCACCUGA